AUGCGCAUGGAUCUGAAGAAGAAGUUUGAUGGCAAGCUGCAGCUUGUGUCCUACUCGGAAGCCGACUUCGCUGCUGACAAGCCGGAAAUGAAUUCCUUGACAGGAGGCAUCAUUCGGUUAAACGGGAUCCGGUGA